AUGGACUUAUUUAGAAGGAUUUUACAUGGUGGUGAGGUGCCAUUUACUCCUAUUCCAGGAACUUUCCCUGAACCGCAAACACAGCAAGAGACACAGACACAGAGAAGAGACGGCUCAGAACAAGAGGAGACCAGCAGACCGACGACUAGACGAACAAUUUUAUCCCGUAGAACCAUAGCGAUGAUGGUGCUGCAACUCCCACUGGUGAUUUUGCAUUACAUUAUGAGCUUUAUGAUUACUAUGGUGUCUUUAAUUAAACCACUCUAUGCUCUUCAAGGAUUUUAUAAGAGGAAAAGUAUGCGGACGUCUGAUGGAAAAUCCAGGCUGAACAACCUUUUAGAACUAUUGAGCAAUGAAUCAGAAAGAACUUUGAAUUCUGAAGACAGUGGCCUGACAACCUACAGUUUUGGGUCAUUAUACAGCUUGGAAAAUGGGAGUUUUUGUCAAGACAUCGUGCAAGGAAGCUAUACCGAUUUGUUAAAUGCAUGCUCCGAACAAUGUAAGUUUGCAAUGAUAUACCUACAUGACUCAUUACUGGAUAACAGCACCGAAUAUGUCAAUGGAUUGCUAUGCACCGAACAGUUCACUACAUUAAUUAAAAAGUACCAAAUAUUGCUGUGGUUCAGUGAUGUGUCGACGUCUGAAGGGCUACAAGUAGCGAAUGCCUUGAAGGUGAGACAAUUCCCAUUUUUAGGCUUGCUCAGUCUCAAAGCAGAAAAUAAAAUCGAGCUGUUUGGCAGAAUGGAGGGGAGUUUGACCCAAUAUAAGGCCAAUUUCCUGGAAAAUAUGCUGGGAAAGGCUUAUUCGAAACUUCUUCAGAUACGUCAACAGAGGCAAAACAAUGCUCUUCAACAGCUCAUAAGAGAACAACAAGACAAUCGAUACAAUGAGUCGCUCAGUGCGGAUCAGCGAAGAGAACGCGAAAGAGCAACACAACGGGACACGAUGAAUCAGGCAAUUGAACAGGCAAGACUGAAAAUGUUAUGGCUGCUCUGGAGGAAGUCCACGUUAGCACCAGAACCUUCAAGUGACUCCGGCAUUCCAACCUGCAAAGUUGCUAUUAGGGCAGACUCCGGCGAAAGAGUUAUCAGAAGAUUCGAUGCUUCUUUACCAAUUGAAGAAAUAUACGCUUUCGUAGAGCUUCAACGAACACCCAACACUUUGGACGCUGAAGAAUCCCAAAACACCGGAGCUCCACCUCGGGGAUACCAUCAUCAAUAUGAAUUCACACUGGUUAGUCCUGUACCAAGAAAAGAGCUCGAACCUUCAACAGUUAUUCACGAUGAAACUGCUAUUUUCCCGUCGGGUACAAUAAUUAUAGAAAAUGUCAAUCGGGAUUAA